UAUACCGAUUGGAAUGGAAUUCUGAUAAACAACCAAUUGGUCCUAAUUCUGCAAAGUUGACAAGUUAUAUUGGUACACUUGUCCGUAUGCAUAUUCCGGUCUCCAUAGCUACCUGGAAAUCGAAAACGAAAAAUUUAGAAUUGGAGGAGAAAAAACAAGCGAUUUGGGAAGAGCUUCAGAGGACUUUUGAGAUACCAGAUGAACGUAAAAGCUACAUACUUAGUUUGGCCGGCAAGAGAUAUAGAGGGUGGAAAAGUUUUUUGACAAACACCUAUCUUAAGGAUAAAGAUGGAAAAUUUCUUGAAGAUGCACCGGGACGGCCAACAAAGUAUGCGACCUUCAUUGAUGAAGCAGAUUGGGCUGAGUUUGUAAAGCAAAGAGAUGAAGCUUUUCAGAAAAAGAGUGCCACGAAUAGGGAGAGAGCAUCCAAACCCGCGUAUCCAUACAAAAAAGGGCGUUUGGGAUAUGCACGCUUAGAGGAUAAAAUUUUGGAGGAGAGUAAAAGUGAGGAAGCUUCACUUCCUGUACAUGUGUUGUGGAAGGAAGCUCGUGUGGGCAAGAAUCACGCUGUCGAUCCCGAUUUCAUCAAUCCAAAUAAAAUUUUAGUAAUAUCGGUGAAAUGUAAGCUUUUACCUUGA